AUGGCGCCUGUUUUCGAGUUAGGCAAUCCCGUUAAUAUUCCUUUAAUAGGAGCAGCAUGUUUAACUCUCUACGUCGUAGGGAGUAUCUUCUAUAGACUCUUCUUGGAUCCUUUACGCUCCGUCCCCGGGCCGUUCCUCUGGCGCCUCACCAAUCUGCCGCGAGUUUAUCACAUAUUAAAAGGCGAUAUACACGUUAAAGUUGGAGAGUUGCACAACAAAUACGGACCAGUCCUCCGACUCACACCUUACGAAGUUGUCUUCAACGACCCCCAAGCAUGGAAAGAUAUUUAUGGUCACCGCGUUGGCAAUGCCCCAGAGAACUCCAAAUGGCCAGAAUUCUACACAACAAAUACCGAUCUCCCUCACAGCCUUAUCACAGCCGAACGUAAGGAACAUGCAAUCCUUCGCCGGCAGCUUUCACACGGGUUUUCCGAUAAGUCGAUGCGAGAGCAAGAAUCUUUGAUCAAGGGAUAUGUGGAACUAUUAAUACAACGGCUACACGAGAACGCCCAGAAUGGCGCGGCUCGCCUUAACAUGCGAGACUGGUAUAACUGGACAACGUUCGACGUCAUCGGCGACCUAGGUUUCGGGAGGUCAUUCGGUUGCUUAGAGGGCACAGGUUACCAUCCUUGGGUGAGGCUCAUUACGGAGACUUUCAGGGAGUCAUCCGCAUUCCAGAGCUUGGCGCAUUUGGGCUUACGUCCGGUAGUGAAGUAUAUUUACCGAUGGGGAUUAAUGGGCAAGAAUAAGGAGAGCCUCAACCUCGUCUCGGAAACACUCCACGAGAGAAUCAAACUUGGCAAAGAAAGGCCUGACUUGAUCGAAGGGUUGGUGAAAAAGAAGGAUGAAUUGGGCAUGGACUUCGAAACUCUCGUUAGCAACGCAAAUCUACUGAUCGUCGCGGGCUCGGAAACUACAGCCACACUUUUGAGCGGAGCAACCUACCUCUUGACUACGAACCCGGACAAGCUCGCGAAGGUCGCUGAAGAGGUCCGUUCUACUUUUAGGAGCGACCAGGAGAUCACUCUCACAUCUGUUAGCCAACUGCAUUACAUGCUUGCAUGCCUCAACGAGUCUUUGAGACAGUAUCCUCCAGUUACUAGCGACCUGCCGAGAAUUACACCUAAAGGAGGCGCGACAAUCUUAGGGACAUUUGUACCUGAAGGCACCGUCGUCUCCGUCUUCCAAUGGGCUGUCAACUACGAUCCGCGAUUCUGGAAGAAUCCUUUCAAAUUUGCCCCCGAGAGGUGGCUGGGCGAUCCGGAAUACAAGGACGACCAGCAGGACGCCAUGCAACCGUUUAGCACCGGACCGCGAAACUGCAUCGGUAGAAAUCUCGCAUACGCUGAAAUGCGUCUCAUCCUGGCCAAGAUUAUUUACAACUUCGACAUAUCGAUCGAUGAUGAUAGUCGAAACUGGAUCUUAAACCAAAGGUCAUUCACCGUGUGGGAAAAGCCGGCCUUGAAUAUUCACUUGGCACCCGUUGCCAAGAAAUCUGGGUGA